UGUUGGAGUGACAUAGACGCCGAGUGAACAGUUGAGAUCAACACUUCUUCUAACGAGAGCUGCAGACCUUGCACGCAGCUGUCAAAUCUGCAUAUAACGCAUUCUGCAAUCUCAUUCUCGACGCCCCCCUUCCCCCCAGCCCCCCUUCGUCAUGAGCGGCACCGCGACACCUGAAAAGCAAGGGCCACUGGACGACAGCAACGUGCUAGGUUACGAUCCCCUGAUCCCUCCUGCUCUUCUGCGCCACGAUCUUCCCGUACCUACCGACGCCUCCGAGACGAUUUCAGCGGCUAGACGGACUGCCUCAUCUAUCGUCCGUAGAAAGGAUCCCAAGAAUAGGUUGCUGGUCAUUGUCGGACCAUGCAGUAUCCACGACGUCGAUCAGGCGAAAGAAUAUGCCAGGAGAUUGAGGCAGGGUGUUAAGGAUGGUCUAUGGGAGGGUUUGGAAGUAGUCAUGAGGGUGUACUUUGAGAAGCCUCGAACGACUGUCGGUUGGAAAGGGUUGAUCAAUGAUCCCGAUAUCGAUGGCUCUUUCAAGAUCAACAAGGGUCUCAGGAUGGCUCGAGAGCUCUUGACCGAUAUCAACGUUAUGGGUAUGCCUGUAGGCUGUGAAUUACUAGAUACCAUCAGUCCACAAUUUAUCGCCGACUUGAUCACGUGGGGAGCCAUCGGGGCGAGAACGACGGAAUCUCAACUUCACCGAGAGCUCGCUUCGGGAUCAGGUUUCCCCAUAGGAUUCAAGAAUGGAACGGACGGGAGUGUCAGCGUGGCCAUCGACGCCAUGCAGAGUGCGCUACAUCCUCAUUGUUUCAUGGGUAUCAACAGUCAGGGAAUGGCCAGUAUCGUCAAGACGGCGGGAAAUAAGGCGACUCAUGUGAUCCUGAGGGGAGGAAGUGGAGGACCGAACUAUGCCGCCGAACACGUCAACAAGGCACUCGCAGCUAUGGAGGCCAAAUCUCCCAAUGCUAAGCCUAGCAUCAUGGUGGACUGCUCCCACGGAAAUUCAUCAAAGAAUCAUUUGAACCAGCCGAAAGUAGCGGCGGACAUUGCAGAGCAGAUCGCUUCAGGGCAAGAAGGCAUUGUUGGGGUCAUGUUUGAGAGCAAUCUCAAAGGUGGCAAGCAGAGUUCUGACAAGGGCCGUGAGGGUCUCGAGUACGGAGUAUCCAUCACGGAUGCUUGCGUCGAUUGGGAGAUGACUGUCGACAUGUUGAACAAUUUGAACGAGGCUUCUUUGAAACGUCGAGAAUUGCUCAAGAGCCGGUUGACAAAUGGCAAUGGCCACGCUUAGGCAGCGUGACCAUAUGCAGGCCGACCCACGAGAAAAAAAAACCUGAUGUAGACGAUCAUCUUGUACUAGUAUGCAUCACAUCCGCCAUCA